AUGUAUUCUUUGGGAAGUAAUAGUUACUACAAAAGUUUUUCAUUCCCUUCUUCAUAUCAUAUAAGAGUUACUGAAUCUAAAGCAUACGGUUACGAAUCUUUAUUUAAAACACUUAUUAUAAAAAACUACACCAAAUGUGAUGCAAUUUUAAAAGAUAAAAUAAAGGAUGGUAAAUAUUUAGCUUUUCAAUGUACAUAUAUAUUCCCAAAUAUUACCAAAGACACCAUCAAACUCAUUGAACAGUCUUCAAGAAAGAAUAAAGAUUUUAAAGUAUGCAAUAAUAAAUGA